UGACCAAUGCCAAUUUUUAUUGAAGGGAAAUCGAAGGCUUUGAACGAUAAGGAUAAAGGUCAUGGUGACCGGCAAGCGAGGGCCAAGGUGUGCUUCGUGUGUCGACAGCCGGGCCACACUGCCAAGGAGUGUCCAAGCGCUACGACUACCGAGGAAGGUCGAAAGGUUGUUGGGAUAUGCUAUCGGUGUGUUCAACUAUCUUUUCGGUUGUGCUCACGGCUCCCUUUUUACAUCCUCCACACGCAGAUGUGGUUCUGCCGAACAUACCCUUAAGGAAUGCAAGGAGAAGACAGAUCCUCAGAAUCCUCUCCCUUUCGCCUCCUGCUUUGUUUGCUCUGAGAAGGGUCAUUUGUCUGGGAAGUGCCCUAAGAACGAAAACGGACUUUAUCCAAACGGAGGUGGCUGCAGGAUGUGUGGAAUGAAGGAUCAUCUGGCGAAGGAUUGUGACGUGCGUUCUGCAGGUAAAUAAUAAUUCAUUGCUAGACAGUUCUGGGUUGCUUUUCAAAGUUUCAUAAUUUGACAACUCACAAUCAACGACAGCGGCGAAAUCCACUACGUCUGUCGUUGGUCUCCCAUCACAGCAAAUUGGAGCCGAUGAAGAUGACUUCCACGCCUUCGAGAGGGCUUCAAAAGUAGUAACACAGGAGGAGAAAAAAGAGCGAGAAAAAGCUCGACUGUUGGAACGUCAGGAAGCAGCGG